AUGGCCAAAAUCAAAAGCAACAAAAAAGCAAAUACCACCACUGCUGCUACAACAACGCCAACAGCUGAAGCUCCUGCAGCCCCCAAAGUGAUCUUGCGAACAUAUAGAGACACUGACUUGGAGCAAGUAGAAUAUUUAUAUCGCAGUACGCAAGUUCCCCUGGUAUACGAAAGUAUUCGAAGCAAAUUGUGGGCUUUUCCUACCUGGAUCAUCUGGUUUGCUGUAUACUCUGCUCUAUUGAUCUGUGUUCCUAAAGUGGUUGAUGCCUUUAUCACGAUUCCUGGCUGGGCCAUGACCUUGGUAAAACUCUUUACUACUUUUGCUUGGAGUAUGGUGGGUUUCGCCAUUCUGUUCAUCUCUUCAGACCGUAUUGAACUGCAGAAUCGCAUUGACGAGGCCAUGGCUAAUGACUUAAAGGACCCUGACUUGUAUUAUUUGAAUUACAAGAUUGACGAAGACGGUAAAAAGGUACGUAAACCAGAGAGCGAGCAGGUGCCCUCUCACUUUUGGGUCUUGACCUUGGACGACGAGGUGUGUGGUAUGAUUGGAUUGUCUUGCAAUGCUCAAGACGUGGAGGAUGCUAGAAGCACGUUGCCUGUCGCUUGGAAGCAAUUUGCAGUCGCUGUAUUGGAGCUUUUCGGUUUGCCUGUGCCUGGAUUUCUUUUGACGCAAAAGCCAAAUCUCAUGAAGGAUGGUAAAAAGCACACAUUUGCUCAUCAACAAAUUCCCAAGACAGCCACCAUUACUCGUUGGGCUGUUCGUUCUGAACUCCAAACGUGCGGAUUCUCUACAUUGCUCUUGAACAGAGCCAUGACCUGGGCCCAAGAACAUGAUAUCAACCGUGUGUACGCCAUGACCAAUGAAUGCUGUAUGGCAGCCGAACAAAUUUUAGUCAAGAGACAUGGAUUUGUUAUUAUGAAGAGAUUCAACCACAAUUUCUUUGGUGAAUACAGCAAGUUGUUUGGUUGUCGUGUGAAUGAAUGGAUGGAGAAGAAUGGAGAAAAGACUAGACAGGUGUUCAAGAAAUCACAAUAA